UGCGCACACAAACGCGCAUAUAUAUAUGCGCUCCCAGUUCAACUAUCUGACACACAAUUCAGAAGCAGGAGGCAUUUCUCUGUCUCUUCUGCAAAAUCGAGAUAUGGAAUACCAGAAAUGGAGAUUGUCUCCGACCACCUUGACGAUUUUCAUUCUUGGUCUCGUUUGCAUUCUAAGCAUUUCCCCUGUUAAUACUGCCGCUGCAGCAGCUGAUGCAGGCAGCUCCUUGUCAACUUAUAUCGUCCACGUCCGAACGCCAACGGACAAACAUUACGCCACUUCGGAGGAUCUCGAUGCUUUGUAUCGGCCGUUUUUACCUGCCACAGCGACUAGCUCUAACCAAGAGGAAAGAAUGGUUCACUCGUACCGACACGUGAUAUCUGGGUUCGCGGCCAAAUUGACCGCCGAGGAAGCUCAAGCCAUUCGGGAGAAGGACGGUGUUUUGCACGUGCAAAAGGAGGAGGUGCUCCCUCUACACACGACUCACACCCCCGACUUCUUGGGAUUGCGCCAAGGAGUGGGCCUGUGGAAGGACUCAAACUUCGGUAAGGGCGUGAUCAUCGGAGUAUUGGACACGGGGAUUUUCCCCAAUCACUCUUCCUUCAGCGACGAGGGGAUGCCUCCGCCCCCGGCCAAAUGGAAGGGCAGGUGCGACUUCAACAGCACAUCCUGCAACAACAAGCUCAUCGGUGCGAGGUCUUUUCUUUUCGAGGAGGACUCUCUGCCCUUUGAUAAAGAGGGCCACGGCACACACACUGCCAGCACGGCUGCCGGUGCUUUUGUGAGGAAUGCCAGCGCAUUGGGUAAUGCCAGAGGCACGGCCGUAGGCAUGGCGCCUCUUGCGCAUUUGGCAAUCUACCAGGUUUGCGACUUUCUCGGGUGCCUUGAGAGCGCCAUAUUAGCUGGGUUCGACGCCGCCAUCGAGGAUGGUGUUGAUGUGCUUUCCCUCUCUUUAGGAGCAGAUUCCCAGCCGUUCUUCACGGACCCGAUUGCGAAGGGUGCAUUUGCUGCCACCCAAAAGGGCAUCUUCGUCAGCUGCUCCGCAGGAAAUAAGGGGCCAGAUAUCAAGACAUUGUCAAACGAGGCACCGUGGAUUCUCAGCGUGGGAGCGAGCACCAUCGACCGCAGCAUAAAGGCCACAGCGCGGCUGGGGAAUGGGCUGGAGUUCGAUGGGGAGACCUUGUACCAACCGCAAGACUUCCAACCGGCGCUACUUCCCCUUGUUUAUCCGGGAGCAAAUGGAGAUCAAUCCUUGGCCCUCUGCCUUCCCGGAGCGCUUAGAAUGCGCUCGGACAUCAAAGGAAAAGUGGUUGUGUGCGACUAUGGCGGCAAUAGAGUCGCGACAGGUCAAUCGGUCCAGGAUGCAGGUGGUGCUGCCAUGAUCCUCGUGAACAGUCCCAUUGAGGGAUACACCACAUUAGCCGAUGCGCAUGUCCUACCCGCAGUCCAUGUGAGAUAUGUCGCUGGGAAAGAGAUCAAGAGAUACCUAAGCACAGCGUCAGCGCCGAAGGCGACGAUCCUAUUCAAAGGCACUCACAUCGGAAGAUCGGUCGCCCCGGCUGUAGCAUACUUCUCUUCCCGCGGCCCCAACAUCCAAAGCCCAGGGAUCCUCAAACCGGACAUCAUCGGCCCAGGUGUGAACAUUCUCGCCGGUUGGCCAUCUAGUUUAGACAAUUCUACGGACAGCAAGCACGCAUUCAACGUGAUCUCAGGGACCUCCAUGUCCUGCCCCCACCUCAGUGGUGUGGCGGCCCUGCUCAAGAGCGCGCACCCUGACUGGUCGCCAGCGGCCAUCAAGUCCGCCAUCAUGACCACUGCCACCACCUCCAGCAUGGUGGGCCGACCCAUUGUGGACCAGGCGCUCCAUCCGGCGGACAUAUUUGCCACAGGCGCAGGACAUAUCAACCCAUCGAAGGCCGUCGACCCAGGUCUCAUUUACGACAUCAGACCGCAAGAUUACGUUCCUUACCUUUGUGGGCUCAACUACACCGACUCCCAAAUCGAGCUCAUAGUUAAAAAACGAGUCAAAUGCUCGAGCAUAAAGAGCAUACCCGAUUACCAGCUCAACUAUCCAUCGAUCAGCGUGAGGUUCAACGAUUUGGUGACGAAGGUGAGUGUGACGAGGACGGUGAGGAACGUCGGACGUGCUAAGUCGUCUUACAGGAUGGUCAUCGACCCCAUCAUAGGUCUCGACUCGAUCGUCGUGUACCCGAGUGAUCUGGAGUUCACGGGGGCGAACCAGACAACGAGUUUUAGGGUUGACUUCACAAGGAAUGCGACGGCGACCACGCCCUUUUCUCAAGGGGCUAUCACUUGGGUAUCUGCUCAGCAUUCAGUUCGAACCCCUGUCGCUGUUUUGUUUGAGUGAUCACGCGGUGAGUGAUCAUAAUAUUGGCUUUUCUCGCUUUGUUUGCGUCCUGAAUAAUUGGCAGCUUAGUCAAUCUUAAAAAAAUGGAGAAAGUGAAUAUUCAUCAAA